AUGAAAGAAACAGAUGAAAGACCUUGGGGAACAUUAUCAACAGUUGCAAUAAAUUCUAAUAAUUCAGAAUAUCCACCAUCUGAUUCCUAUGAAAAUUUAUUAGACUGGGCUAAAGAUAAUCUACAAUCGGAUUUUUAUACAAUUUUAAACUCAACAAUCGUCUGUAGUCCAUUGAUUUCAUAUAAUCUCCAAAAUGACUAUCGAAAAUGUGUUGAAGUAUUAGGAGAAAAAUGGCCUAGAAAUUUUAUAUUAUUAGGUGAUGCACUGUGCACAGUUAAUCCUCAAUUUAGUCAAGGUAUGACACAUUUUCUACAAUGUGCAGGAACAUCUGGACAAUUUUCUACAGAAUUUCAAUAUAUUAUGAAUCGAUGUAGUAGUCCGUUUCAAUUGUUAAAUCCAUUAACAGUUUUAAUCGUUUUUUAUCUUGCAUUAAUGAAUUAUCUCGGCUUUUCCGAGAAAUGA